AUGUAUGGCUACAUACAACAAGUCCUUCUGCUGUGGUGUGGCAGAGGGAUGCACAUAAUGUUCCCUGCCUCUAUGUUUUCAGAUGCAGUGUGUAUCAUUACAGGAGUCAAAUUAUUUGGUACCUUUCCUAGCAUUCACCAAAACCAAACUCUUAGUCCUUAGUAGAAGUUUUUUAUUCCUCCAGAGAUUAUUUGUAGCUACAUCUCAGAAAAUGUGGCAUCUCAAUGGAUAUAACUGUUUUCUAUGCUAAGUUAAGCCAUCAGAAAGUGGUUAGGGAAUGCCUGCCAUAAGGCUACCUACUCUGUCCCCGUCCCCCCCCCCCCCGCUUUUCCCCACACAUAUUAUGAUACAAUUGUUCAAGGAUCUCGUGGAAGCUUUUAUAUGUGCAGCUAUAGGUGCAAAGGCCACCACCCAAGGAUGCUUGUGUUCUUCAGUGUGGACAUUUGGGUAGAGGGUCAACUGAAAUGGUGUUUAAGCCCAACUAAGUACAACCAAGCAUUAUAAAAGGAAUUGAAAAGGAACAGAGACAAAGUUUGCGUGUUUUGAGUGAUGGUUUGUGAACCUAUCAUGGUUUUGAUCAGCUUUUGAUUUCUAGGCAUUUGAAUUUGACAGCAUUUGAAAUGUACGAAUUAAAUGCAAGGCUCUUUAAUAUUGCUGUAAGAUGCUUAUAAUGUUUCUGUCCACCAAUAGCAGCUCUUUUCUGUGGGGGGGGGCAAAGGGUUAAUUGCUGCUCCCUGUGUGCUACGCUUCCGAUUCUGAUCACCCCCAACUGCUUCCUUUCUUAAAAGAGCAACAACCUCAAGCCCUCCCCAACAUACUGAAUAGAUUUAACAUAGUUUGGUUGCUUAGAUUUCAAGUCCCCAUGGAGCUGUAUCCUGUGUGGCUCAUAGGCAUGCCUUUUCACAGUAAUCCAACCCUACCAGUCUGCAUGCUCCUGGUUCUCUACCCAUAGUACCUGCUUAACAUAUGGAAACAACAUAUCACUUCUCCAUUUCCCCAGGUUAUGAAGACAGGACCUUGGAGGACAGCUAUUGCUUCAUCAGUGAGGCAGCUCAGACUGGGAGCUUACAUAGGAGCUGGUGGCUCCCCCCCCUUCCUGGCUCUCAGCCAGGCCCCGAUUCAAGCAGUUGUUUCCAUAUGCUUCUUGGUCCUUCUGAGUAGCCUUAAGUAUAGCUUAGUUGGACACUUCAGCAGCAGCUGGUACUGAAGGUCCUGCUUUUCUAAGUCAUUUCUUCUGUUUAUAGGAAGUAGGGUUGCUCUGGGAGGCAGAAGGAAACCUUGUCAGCCUGUGAGUUUUGUUUUUUCUCCAGUUCUCAUUUUUCCAAUCUUAAGUUCAGUUUGCACCAGUUUGCAUUUUUUUAAAGUCCUCAUGAAAAUAUGCGGUUGUGCUAGUAGGCUCUUGACCUAACAUGCAAACUUUUGCAAGCAAUUUUCCCUAAUAUAAUUCAUUUUACGCUGUUUUCAGUAAUAUGUGUGCUUUUAUGCAUGCAUCCUCUAAUAUACACUGACUUUUCAGGAUCCCUGGCAGCAUGGAGAUCUGCUGAAGGGUCCUGCUCCCCUUUCUGCUCCUCUAGGAAGACCAUUUGUUGCAUUCAUCACCCAGUCCCACAACAUUAGGUCUCUUCUCUGUGCGGGACCCACUUUCCGUUUGACCAUUUUGCACGAAAAUGCUGAACUGAAAGGCAGAGCUCUUGUGGAAGUGCACAGAAACAGCUGCCUAGGAUGCUUCUGGAAUAACAGAUUCUGAACUUCUUUCCUGUUCCUCAUCCUGACUUAAAUGUCACCAUGGGAAUUCAUUGUCCCACUUGUAUGUUGCCUCUACUGAAGCUUGCUGGCACACAUCGGCCGCCUUGAAAGGGCUGUGUACAUCUGUUGUGCUAUUUAUAUGAUCCACACAACAGCAGUCAACGGGAAUGACAGUGUCCAGUAAAAACUUUUUUCCAAAAGACGUGAGUUCAUCCUGGCUGUUAUAGGUCCUGUUUCCCAGAAGCUACAGCUUCUGAAAUGUCCCAUGAUCCUCGGGCCAAUUGUUUCCUGUCAGUAAACAAGGAUUGGAUAGAGUAUUUGCAUCUUCGCUUACCUUCCCAAUCCUUUUUUUAAGGAUCCUAAGAAGAAUCGCAUAGCAAUUAUUUUAUAGAAGAAAUCCUUUGCUGUAAAAGAUUCUUGGAAACAGGGGGUAUCCAUGGGGAUAUCCUUUCCUCGCUGCUGCUGGGAUUGUGAAUGGGUCAAUGGUGUAUUUUUAGACAUAAGAGUAGAUGACAAAUACCUCUGGCAUCUGAAGGAUAUAAAUACAAGCAAGCUCUGCAUCGUCACUAAACUUCACGGGACCAACUCUCCCCGUACGCUCAGUGAAAAAUGUUGUCAGAAGCUGCUGGCAGAGGUUAUACCACUUCUCAGCAUUACCCUGUGGCCAAUGGCUAUGAGCUGUUUGAGGUUUCUGAGGAGAAGGAUGAAGAGGUUGCUGCUUUCUGCCAUAUGCUGGAUGUACUUAGAUCUGGCUACAGUACCAAGGACUAUUCCCUUACUGGUUUUGUCUGGAGUGCUGUCAACCUCAGUCGUGAACACCUUGGCCAUGGAGUCAGCUUGAAAGUGACUGUGGUUUACGACAGCCUGCAGGAGCCUCUCACUUUUACUUGUGACUGCUCCUCCACCGUGGACUUGCUCAUCUAUCAGACUUUGUGCUACACUCAUGAUGACUUGUGUGACAUCGAUGUGGAUGACUUCGUUCUCAAACUGUGUGGCCUUGAGGAAUUCCUGCAAAACAAACAUCCACUGGGAAGUCAUGAAUAUAUCCAGCACUGCAGGAAGUUUGACAUUGAUAUCCGGCUGCAGCUGAUGAAGAGGAAGGCUGUGCGCACUGACUUGGCUAGGACGGUGAACGAUGACCAGAGUCCUUCCACGCUCAACCACUACGUUCACCUCCAGGAAAGGCCAAUCAAGCAGACCAUCACCAGGCAGGCCUUGAGUCUCCUCUUCGAUACCUUCCACAACGAGGUCGAUGCAUUCCUAGCCGUGGAGGGAGAUGUCCAAGUGAACGCAGAACGAGUGAUCCAGUCUGUCAUGGCCAUUUGCAAUGCUCUGGCUGCUGUGGAGUCCCAGGAGAUCACAGGAGCCCUGAAUCAACUGCCACCCUGUCCAUCUCGCAUGCAGCCCAAAAUCCAGAAGGAUCCAAAGGUUUUGGCCAUGAGGGAAAACAGAGAGAAGGUUGUGGAAGCUUUGACGGCCUCCAUCUUGGAUCUGGUGGGGCUCUACUGCAACACAUUCAAUGCCGACUUUCAGACCGCGAUUCAUGGGAACCGAAAACAUUGCCUCUCCCAAGAGGCCCGGCUUCUCUCCUGCCCCCUCUCCUUCACCGUCUAUGCCACUCACCGCAUACCCAUAACCUGGGCGGCAAGCUAUGAAGAUUUCUAUCUCUCCUGCUCACUCAGUCAUGGUGGCAAAGAGCUCUGCAGCCCCUUGCAAACCCGAAAAGCUCAUGUGUACAAGUACCUCUUCCAUCUCAUCAUUUGGGACCAGCAAAUCUGCUUCCCGGUCCAAGUGAAUCGCCUCCCGCGAGAGACUCUCCUGACAGCCACGCUCUAUGCCACUCCAAUCCCGCCUCCCGGGAGUUCUUCCGAGACCAACAAGCAGCGCCGUGUCCCAGAGGUUUUGGGCUGGGUCACCACACCACUCUUCAACUUUCGGCAGGUCCUGACCUGUGGACGGAAGCUCCUGGGUUUGUGGCCAGCGACUCAAGACCCGUCUAGUGCCAGGUCAAGUGCUCCCAACUUCAACCAGCCUGACAGUGUUAUUCUGCAGAUUGACUUCCCCAAUUCAGCAUUUGAAGUCAAGUUUACCAGUCCACCGGCAGCCGAUUUCAGUCCCCAGUACAACUUCAACAGCCUCUUUGAGGGAGACCAGCAGAAGCUGAAGGAGGUGAUGCAGAAGGAAUCGUUUUAUUGGCUAACAGAUGCCGACCGGAAGCGGCUGUGGGAGAAGCGCUAUUACUGCCACUCUCAGCCGGGCUCCCUGCCUCUGCUUCUUGCCAGUGCCCCGAGCUGGGAGUGGGCCUGCUUGCCUGACAUCUAUGCCCUGCUGAAGCAAUGGACUCACAUGAAUCACCAAGAUGCUCUUGGGCUACUGCAUGCAGCGUUCCCAGAUCAGGAAGUGAGGAGGACAGCUGUGCAGUGGAUUGAUUCCAUAUCUGAUGCUGAGCUACUGGAUUAUCUGCCCCAGCUGGUACAGGCUCUGAAAUAUGAAUGCUACCUGGACAGUCCCUUGGUGCGGUUUCUUAUGAAGCGAGCCGUCUGUGACCUGAGGAUAACUCACUAUUUUUUCUGGCUGUUGAAAGAUGGUCUCAAGGAUUCUCAGUUCAGCAUCCGUUACCAGUAUCUGCUGGCAGCUCUGUUGUGCUGCUGUGGCAAGGGCCUGCGAGAGGAGUUUGACCGCCAGUGCUGGCUAGUGAACACCCUGGCUAAGUUGGCUCAGCAGGUUCGUGAGGCCGCUCCUUCAUCGCGACAGGCCAUUCUUCGUGAGGGGCUGGAGGAUGUAAAGCAGUUCUUCAAUGUUAAUGGCUCCUGCCGCCUACCGCUCAGCCCCAGCCUGCUGGUGAAGGGGAUUGUGCCCAGGGACUGUUCUUAUUUCAACUCCAAUGCGGUUCCUCUGAAGCUCUCCUUCCUGAAUGUUGACCCUCUUGGGGAGAAUAUCCGUGUCAUUUUUAAGUGCGGAGAUGACCUCCGGCAGGACAUGCUAACUUUGCAGAUGAUCCGCAUAAUGAACAAGAUCUGGGUGCAAGAAGAUCUGGACAUGCGCAUGGUCAUAUACCGUUGUUUUUCUACUGGUCGAGGUCGAGGGAUGGUAGAGAUGAUUCCUAACGCAGAGACUCUACGAAAGAUCCAGGUGGAGCAUGGGGUGACAGGCUCCUUCAAGGAUCGUCCCCUGGCAGACUGGCUGCAGAAGCACAACCCCAAAGAGGAUGAAUACGAGAAGGCAGUGGAGAACUUCAUCUACUCAUGCGCUGGCUGCUGUGUAGCUACUUACGUGCUGGGAAUCUGUGAUCGGCACAACGACAACAUCAUGCUCAAGACCACAGGGCACAUGUUCCACAUUGACUUUGGCAGGUUUCUGGGCCAUGCUCAGAUGUUUGGCAACAUCAAGAGGGACCGAGCUCCAUUUGUCUUCACAUCAGACAUGGCUUAUGUCAUCAACGGCGGUGACAAGCCCUCCAGCCGCUUCCAUGACUUUGUAGAUCUCUGCUGCCAGGCCUACAACCUGAUCCGCAAACAUACCCAUCUCUUCCUCAACCUUUUGGGCCUGAUGCUCUCCUGUGGGAUCCCUGAGCUUUCUGACCUUGAAGACCUAAAGUACGUUUAUGAUGCGUUGAGACCACAGGACUCUGAGGCAGAUGCCACCACCUAUUUCACCAGGUUGAUAGAGUCCAGCCUCGGCAGUGUUGCCACGAAGCUCAACUUCUUCAUUCACAAUCUGGCGCAGAUGAAGUUUGCGGCUUCCGACUCCCGACCGAUGCUCUCCUUUGCCCCCCGUGUGCACACAAUCAAGACGUCCAGCCGGAUCCUUGAUGUCUUCCUCUGCCGUCACGAAAAAGUCUUCAAUCCCAGCAAGGGCUUUAUAUACAUUGUGAAGGUGAAGCGAGAGAACCCCUCUGAAGUCACCUACAUCCAGCGUACCUUUGAAGAGUUCCAGGAACUGCACAACAAGAUGCGCCUCAUCUUCCCCUCUUCACAUCUCCCCAGCUUUCCUAGCAGGUUUGUGAUUGGACGCUCACGAGGAGAAGCAGUGGCUGAGAGGAGGAGAGAAGAACUGAAUGGCUACAUCUGGCAUCUGAUCCAUGCAGCUCCUGAGGUGGCCGAGUGUGACCUGGUGUACACGUUUUUCCACCCCCUCCCAAGGGACGAAGUUGCUGCAGGUACCAAUCCAGCACCCAAACUGCCUGAUGCAUCAUGGUCCCAACCUGUUGGAAAACUGGGCGGGGAGGUGAAGCUGUCUGUAUCCUACAAGAACAACAAGCUAUUUAUCAUGGUGAUGCAUAUCCGAGGCCUGCAGCCUAUUCAAGACAGCAGUGAUCCCGACCCGUAUGUUAAGAUCUACCUUCUGCCCGACCCCCAGAAAACCACCAAGAGGAAAACGAAAGUCGCUAGAAAAACAUGCAACCCUACUUACAAUGAAAUGCUUGUCUAUGAUGGGAUUCCUAAAGGAGACCUCCACCAACGGGAACUGCAUCUGAGUGUCCUGAGUGAAGAGGGCUUUUGGGAGAACAUCCUCCUUGGGGAGGUCAUUAUCCGACUGCGGGACCUGGAUCUGACACAGGAGAAGAUGGGCUGGUUUGAACUGGGCUCUAGGAGUCACGGGACCAUGUGAAGAGGAGCAGCAAGGCAGUCACUGUGUCUUUGGAACCACUCUGGCCCCAUGGGAGUCCCUGGGAAUUGGUGCAUGUUCCAGGAGUUCUAUCCUGGUUUAUCGGAAAGGAUGUAGUUUCCUGCAAAUAAGGACGGACGGAUGUAGUUUCUCUGCAAAUGAAGGGUUAAUUUCCUGUGGAGAGUGAGCAUUUUGGGGUGGAGUCAUGAUAGGAAAUUCAUUUGUGACUUAAAAUGGCUGCCAUAGACUUACCUUUUUUAUACAUUUUCCUUGUGUCAAGGGAGCAAUGACUUAUGGGGGGGUGGAGAAAGAAUAGGGGGCACCCCCCUCUUUGGGAUAUUUUAAUUUUUUAAGAAAAUCAACAAAUGAUUUCAGUCCAGAUGGGACAUAGGAGCACAUGCUGAGAAGGAACUUUUCUAGGCAGGAUAUAUCAUCAGUGGGAUUCUUGCUGGACUUUCUCAAAAGUUGUUGUUGUUUGUUGUUGUUUUAAGUAAAUAAAGGAAAGUGUGCAUAAGAACUUGAGGGGCGGGAGGGGAAAUGUUUGGGGUGGAUAUAAAUAGUAGAUGAAAUCCUUAUCUCUGGGACAGGAGCUGGUGUGGUCCAACUCAAGCCAUCUUGGAGAAUUUGCUUCCAAAGGAGAGCUAUGUAAUGUAUAUAUGUGAAGAGCUUACAGUUCUCGAUUUCCUGCUUGGAGGUGUAACCUAAAAGGCAUGCUCUCUUGGACUAACAUUUAGACUUGUCUUAGGAGGCAAAAGGCAACCAUAUUCCUCUUGAUUCUAAAUACCUACUAAGGCCUUUGGCAUGGCAACUAACUGAAGAGCUGUGUGAUAUUUCCACCUUACUUCCUUGCUUGACUGAACUGAAUUGCCUUUUGCACAUGUUCAUCUGGCCAGUCUGAGGAGCUGGAACUGAUUAGAUACGGUUGCCCUGCAUCUUGGAAUCAGAGCGAUUUUCCUGGUCUCGCUUCUCCCAAGCUGUGACUUUGGAAAACGGGUUCCUUGAAUUAGCCAAACCGCCUCUGUGACAGUUUCCUGUGUAUGGCCAUUUCUUUCCUGUUGCCUAAAACCAGAUUACAUUAGCUAAGACUUAAAGCCUUUUCAGGAUUCUCAUCUUCAGUGUCACCGCAGGCUCUUCUUCUGAGCUAGUGGGGUGGGAGGCAGAGAAAAAGGCAAACUAGCUGGAAACCCGGUUAAAAGGUUACCUGGCAUUUUGCCAUGACAUACUGAAACUUUUGCAUACACCCACUGCCCUGAAAUGCCUUUUGUAGGCCAGGUGGCCUCGAGCGGUUCCUUUGUAGCCUUUUCUUUGAGAAGUAAACCUGUGUAAAAUAAAAUAAAAAAUAGAAAGGUGGGGAGGGGGGAAUAGCCAGCUUUUAAACCUUUGUCUCUUUGCAAUUAUAUAAAGACCAGAAUGUGUGUUGUUGGAUCUUUUCUCUCUCUCUUUUAAGAAUCAUUCUUAAAGGAUGUCCUGUUUGCGGGUUGCCAUUUGCCUCCUUGAAUGAAAAAGAGAGCACUUCAAAAUGGAGGGGAAGAUGUUUCGCAUCUCAGGCAGGAGCCUUGCACCAUUGGGCCUAGCCCUCUCCCUCAGAGCUCGUCAUCUUCUAGCUAGCCUGAGCUGUUUGUUUACAGCAGGGACUCCUGUACAGAUGAAAUGUUUCUCAGGUUCAAGAACAAAAAAUUAAAAUAUUGUAUCUGAGAGGUAUAAGCGAAGUUUUUUUAACCAUUCCCUAGAUCAAGCCUUGCCUGAAACUUGGAUUUUUAAAAAUCUGCACAAGAGGUGCAGGUGGAUUUCAGAGUCAGAUAAGCAGUUACGUGAGACAACCUUGGCCUGGUCAUGUCACCUGUUCUGUAGGAAAUGAGGGAGAGACGGUGUCUUGCUGAUCCCUGGAUCCUUCCUCUGUUGUAAAAUGGUGGCAUUAUUUGAAGUAAAUAAAUAAAAGGAAAUGGAAUUCAGUAGAAGCUGUGUCGUCUCAUCCUUUGCAGCGUUAGGGUUAUAAAACAAGCAUGGACUUUUUCAAAGAGAUGCAGCAUCAUUAACCCCAAAUAGAUUUUGGUAAGUUGAUGCUUGGCCAAAGAGGACACAUGAUGCUGCAUUUGGGCUGGCUAGAAAAGUAAUGACUGAGCUGUUCAAAGGAGUCAUUUGACUUUUAGUUUCCCAUACUCAAUGUUUGAAAACAAGUUACCAUUAGCCACAGCCAGUAUGGCCAUUGGUCAAGGACAAUGGGAGUUGUAGUCCUAAAAUCUUGAAGGCACCAGGUCGAUCAGUCCUUCCCAUUUGGUCUACCUUUGUCCAUUCACAGUGCAUUUUGGGGGAGAGGAGAUAAUAUGCAGGAUCUGUAAGAACAGGUUGGCUUCUGCAUCUUUGCUCUCUUAAUUCUACCAUAUAUUUUGAUUCAAAACAUUUGCAGGCUUUAACAUCAAUCUGAAAUGUGGUGCUAUUGUUCGGCUUACCCGGGAAACAGUAUCUCUGUGUGCCUAAAUAUUGACAGGAUGACCAAUGACUCUUCUUCCCCUGAACAGUGAGAAGCCUGUCAAUAGAGGGCCAAACUAUCACCAUUUGUACAUGUUGCAGUAUCAAAUCAAAUUAUGUAGGAGGCUUAAAGAGAAAGCCUAACAGGUAUAGAUAUUUUCAGGCUGAUUGCAUCCUAUGUAAUAUAGUGCAGAGGAAAGACACCGGAAGCAUCCAUCGUUACCACUGCUUGCACAUUCAUGCCACGAGGCUGUUGCAAUAGCCGUGCAAUCUGUUACCGAUGCUAUGUUACUAGGUAGUUAAGAUAAUACAUACUUUAAUAGGCUUGGGCACUGAAUCAGUCAUAAUCACCGCAGCACAUUCCUACAAUGCCUAAUUAGCAAAAGUGCAUACAUUUAAAGUACUGUGGAGUGUGUAUGAUGCCACAGUGACACGCCAGCCAUAGGUACAAAGGCAGGUGCUGAGAAGUGACUGAGCUUGAUGGAAUCUGGAGAAACAUAGCCAUAGACAAUUAGGCUGUUAGAAACCAUGCCACUUGGAUGUAGUUAGAAAAUAAUACACAGAGAUUUCAUGCUGGGAAGAGGGGGCCAGAAUCACUUGAGUUUCCAGAUUCCAAAUGGAAGGGAAACCUGUGCCGAGAGUGGUUGUGUAGUGAGGAUGCAGUUUCAUCUAUUCCCCCUUCUGUGCAGUUAUUAAAGGCACAAGAACAGGCAGGACACCACAAAAUGCCCCUCAACACAAUUUUUAUUUACACAUUUAUCCAAAUGUUCAUGCUGUCUUUUUGUAGCCUGGGCAGCUUACGAAUAAAAGGUUAAUGGAAAAGCACCAGAAUCGCAUCUCCAAAAGCAAAAAUUCAUGGGUAAGCAGAAAAUAAAAAGAUUGCCCAGCAUUAUUCAAAAGCCAAUUGCUCUCCACAAUAAAAUAAAUAAAUAAACUGCAUUCUUUUUUUAAUUAGAUAAGAAUUAGAUUGGAAGAGCUCUGCAUCUUCCAUUGGGAGGAUAUUCCAGAGUUUGAGGGAAACUCCUAAAGGUCCUGCUUUGACCAGUGUAUGUUCUUUUAUGAAAGUACUUGGGGUAGGACCUCACCCAGUGACUGCGAUUGUCAUAGGAACGUAGGCAACUGUCUUAUAUCAGGUCAGGUCAGACCCUGGGUGCAAUAUUGUCUAGUUCAAUAUUGUCUAUGCUGACUGAAAUAGGGAGGAUCCUAAAAACAGACAUCUCAUUGCUCAUGGCCAGAUUUUAAAAAGUGCAUCUUCUACAUUUGUCAGAAACUCAGGUUGCCAGGCACACUUCUGUGGAGAGAGAGUUCCACAAUCUAGAAGCUACCACAGAUAAUACCCUCUCCUGGGCCACCCCUCCUCUACUGAGGGCAAUAGAACUACCAAUAGGGCAGGGUCUGUAGGUGAGGAGGUGGUCUUUCAAAUACCAGGGACCUAAGUCCUUUAGGGCUUUAAACACUAAUGUGAACACCUUGAACUGGGCCCAGAAACAAACCGGCAACCAAUGCAGCUGUUUUAAAACUGGUUAUGUGAGAUCUAAACAGAACCUCAGCCAGUAAUAUGGCUGCUGCAUUUUGGAGCAAUUAACAUUUCCGAGUCAUCUUCAAGGGCAGCCCCUCUUAGAGUCCAUUGAAAUAAUGCAGUUUGGAAGUUAACAGAGCAUGACAUACAGUGGCCAUAUCUGUCCAGAGGGAACUGUAGCUAGAAAAAGUAGCCACUGGGGAAACCUGAGUCUCCAGCGACAGUGUUU